GUUUCGGUCAACCGAUAUGGCCGCUCUAUAGCUGAUUUUUGCUCACUGAAUUUGCUCCGCUCACCCACGUUUCGCAUGGUACGGUACAAUGUAUCGAGAUUUGGCCCAGUUCUAGCGAAAUACAACACAUGCCAGUGAUUAUUGUUUAAUAAUACUAAAUCGUGUUUAACCCUGAGUCGAACUGGAGGGCUAUAUUAGUGGGUCAUCGGCGUAGUUUUGAGAGGCAGUUUUGGGGAGAAAGCUCCGAGUUUUAAGUAACCACGCAAUGGCAGGUCAGCUGGACAGUUUUUACGAUCAAGAAGUGCCUUAUUACUAUCCCGAGUCUGUGCCUGACCAAGAUGUACCAGACGAGGACAGAGUCCCAAGUGACGACGAGAAAACAUCCAAUGAUGAUAAACUGGGUAUCGAUCUGGAACAGGAUUCAGAAGAGCUUUUCCAAGAUUUGAGCCAACUUCAGGAAGAAUGGCUGCCCGAAGGUCUCCCCUAUGACAGUGAUGGUGAUGCCGAACAAUUUGUACCAGACUUUCAGGGUGAGAAUUUGCCUUUCCAUGUAAAGAUCAAAACAGAACCAAAGAGUCCAAGUUACCACAAUAAGCCUUGCGCGCAUAUGAAAACGAAUUUUGACUUUGAGCAGAAAUUUGAAUAUGGAGAAAAAGCAUUUGUGAACAGUCCUUAUGAGCAUCAUCCUCCGCCUCCUACAACAUCUCCGCCAGCACAGGAAUCACCAGGUCCACCGCUUACACCGUUCAAAGACCACAGCGGUUCCUAUCCUCCAACACCAGAGCAGGGAUAUCCGCAAACAGAAAAAAGAUUUCACAGACAGACUUCAGAACCAUGUUUUCCCCCAGCACCAGACCAGCGUUCUUUCCAUCGACAAGCAUCAGAACCGAAUUACGGAAUAUACAAACAAGACUUUCCAAACGGCUUAUACGACAGAGUACCUGGCUUCCACAUUAAACAAGAGCCCAGAGACUUUGGCUUUGAGCCACCAGCAGAAGUGCCUACAUGUAUAAACUACCCAAGACCAGCCGAAACCUAUGGGUUACACAGCAGUCCACCCGAUGGUAACCUUUAUGAAGCCAAUAUGAGAUCUUUUUACGAUGACGCCAGUGUGCCUGAUAAAUUUCAAGAAGGCGAUUUGAAACCUGAAAUAUACCGUGAUGGCCCGAUUUAUCAGCGGCGAGGAUCCCUGCAGUUGUGGCAGUUCCUGGUAGCGCUGCUGGAAGACCCCACAAAUUCCAAUUUUAUUGCAUGGACUGGCAGAGGGCUGGAAUUCAAGUUGAUUGAACCAGAAGAGGUUGCCAGGAGAUGGGGAAUUCAGAAAAAUAGGCCGGCAAUGAAUUACGACAAACUGUCGCGAUCAUUACGAUACUAUUAUGAAAAAGGCAUCAUGCAGAAGGUAGCUGGUGAAAGGUACGUCUACAAGUUUGUGUGUGAUCCAGAAGCACUCUUCACCAUGGCUUUUCCAGAUAAUGCCAGACCAGUCCUGAAGACAGAGCACACUAUGACCAGGUUACCAGAACAUACCACUCCACUGCCUCCACCACGUCAUCAAACCCCAUCCGUCAAAGAAGAAGAUACCGUUCCGUUGACCCACUUGGAUGAUGGUCUAGAACAGGCUCGGUUUGCACAUGAAAUGCAACAGAUUUGUCCACAACCAUAUGUUGAAGGAUGUGUGUAUUAACUUAACUGGAAUUUGUUUUAUAUUCACCCUUUUGUAACCUUGGUAACUGACAUGUGUCUGUUGUUGCCUAUAAAAUGGUCAUUGUUACCCAUGGUGUGAUAUGGUUGGCAUGGCAAUAUAUACACAGAAAACUCGUGCUGCAGCUAUCAUUCUGGGCUUGCAAGCUGGAAACCUGAUUCAAUAUCACUUUUGUCCCAGACUAUUUUGAAAUUUCAAAAAGGCACUUGGAGUGCAUGGUUUCCUUCAAUUUUCACAUUAAAAAUGUAGCACAACCUUGUGGUCAGUCAAAUUGCUGGCAUGUGAUAAAGCAAACAGGUCCUAUGUAUGUCAUGUGACUAGGUUAUAGUCAAUCUGGACCUGUGUGUCAUGUGCCCAAUUAUAACCAAUCAAAAUUGUCCUAUAUAGGUCAUGUGACCAAAUAUAGUCAAUCAAACUUGUCCCUGUAUAGUUUUCAGAAGUCCAACUUUGGGAGAUUGUUUUUGUUCACUGUUAUAUAUAUAUAUAUAUAGUAUAGAUUCUGCUUUUUUGUGUGCAGGAUACAUUUGUUAUAUCUAACAUCAUAAAUCAAACAGAUUUAACACAUCAAAAUUUUCACUUUCUAUCAUGUUAAUUACAUUUUUGUCUAAUAUCCAUUGCCAAAUGACUAAUAUUUUUAAUGAUUUAUUAUUUCUGAAAAAAUAUGAGCUGUUAUGUAAAUGAUGAGGGUCAAAAUUCGGUAAAAUUAAUUGAUAUAAUUAACAAUCAUGCAAGAGUUAAUUACUGAAUGUUAGUAACGAACUUUAUAUUUCAAUAAUUAUCUAUAAAUGAGGAUAUUAAAUGAGUAAUCAAUCAAUAUAUUGAGUUAUUAAUUAUGUUGAAGUAAGCCCAGUCAGACUGUGAUGUGUAAGCCAAUAUACCGUAUACGGUAACGAUAGGAAUGUUUUUGCUGAUCACAACAAAAUCCCCAGUAUAAGCAAUUUUUACAUCCCCUGAUUUUAUAGCUGGCUUACCAUGGUGAUAAUAAAGAGCUUAUUUGAAUCAUUAAGCUGAUGUUAUUUGGGUUAUCUGCAUAAUUGUUCGGUAUGAGACCCUCAUAUGUUGAAAACUGUCAUCAAAAAUUAGAUUUCUAUAUUUCAUGAUAAGCAUGGCUUACUGAAUGUCUCCACUGCCUUUGGUAUUAAUACAGAUAUAUCUACAGAGUGUUUAUAUUUCAGUCUUAUAUAGAUGGGGUUGGGGGGCAAAAUCACAAAAUUUAACAUUUGUGUCAUUUUUCACUACAAUUUCAACCUGAAAGCAAUUGCAAAAUGAGUAUUUGUAUUCUUAGAUGCAGUGUCGUACAUUAGAUUAAUUUAAACUGUAGCUGUAACUUUUAACAUUUUCCAUGCAUUAGAAUACAGUUCUAAUUUGCCUUAUGUGUGACCCCUAAAAGGUUACACAUCCUGGUAUUUCUGGGGGAGGGGAGAAAUGCCACUAUUGAGAACUUUGGGAUUUUUUUGGCUAAAAAAUUACAAAAGUUAUUGUCAUUUAAAGUUAAACAAUUAUAACACCAGAGUACCAGGAUUUCCAAAACUGGCAUCAAUAAUGGCAGUCGCAUUUGAAAACUUGAAAGAUGCAGCUACGCUAUUAUGAUGAAAAUGAUCAGUUAUGUUACCAUGGAAACUGAUUACUUUUGCAAGUACACCACUUUUAUACUGACUAUGAAAAGAAUUGGUGGUCAAAUCAACUGAUAAUACAGACACUUUUUUGCAUAUUAAUUCUGUAUUUGCAUAAUCCACUUUUUUACUAGCCCACCAAGUGUGUAGAAAACCGCAGUAGAUUUUUGUGGUUGAAUUUAUACUUUUUGUCAAACAACACAAUUUUUUGAUUUGUAAAAUUCUAUGCUUUCACACAAUGCUCAUUUGCGCCAUUCCUAUUGUCUUUAUAAGGAGAGUUUACACACUGUUGGUCUUUUUGUUUUCAACACAUGAUAGAUUUGAUUUGAUUGGCCGUUUCCCAUACUGCUGGCACAUGCUGCUUCACGUGUGUUGUCAUUGCAAAGUCAUAAAGUCAAAUCUCUCAUGUCUGCAAAACUAAAACAUGUUUUUUUUUAUUAUUCUAAAAACUGUUUGAAACAUUUACAUGAAAAAUACACAAUAUGAACAAAACUGCGGGAAAAGUUGUGGUUUUUGCCAACUUACAAAAUAUGACUGCCUGCUAUAUUACUUUACAUUUGGUUGUUCAUGGGUUCGGUCAAAAUUGUUAUACAUAUAUAUAUAUAUAAAAAAAAAAUUGUCCGAGCUAUCACGUUUAUUCUAGAUUGUUUUGUGUGACACCGUAUGACAGAUAUAGUUAGAACAUUUAUUGAGUUUUUGUUUUUUGCAUCAAGCCUUUGUUUACCCAUAAUACUCUAAUAUUCUUGUAUCACUUGAUUCUUGGAUUUCUUAUUAAUUGCUCACACCCUCCAUCCCCCACAAAAGAAAUCUAUGUAUUGUUUAAUUGACCUAUUAUGAUUUGACGUACUUUAAUGUAACAAGAUGACUUUAAGUGUAGUUUUGGCAGCAUUUACGCUACCAUAUUUAACAGCAGAGAUGUGUAAUGUUCAGUAGAUUUAUAAUCAGAACAAAAUGGAGCACACUGAGAGAGGGAGUCACAUGACAUUAAUCCCCCCCCCAAAAAAAAACCCUGGUUUAUUAUUUUGUAAGAAUGCUGCAGGAGGUGUGUGAGUUGUAUUUUCCCCUCACUUCUUUAUAUCACGGUAGUUUGAAUUCCAUUGAUGUGGAUUCUGUUGCUAGGAUACCUGGAAUCACUUUGCGUUGCAUUCACUCAAUUGGGCUGGUUAAAAUCAGCAAAAUUGUGAUUGCAUGGUUUCCUUGACAACAGAAAACUAAAGCUUUCUCUAAUUUUCUAUCUAUCUGCCAUCCCAGCUGUAUCCCUCUUUUCCUGUACAAAUCCAAGUUUGUUCCCUUGACAACAGACAGCCGAUUUUUCAGAUUUGUAUUUUAUCAUAACCUUGCUAUUUCAAUAAAUACUUUUGUAAAUAUAGAAGAAAA